GUACGGUUUAAGUGAUAGGCGAAGAAGAGUGCACAAGGAUGGGAAGAGCUCCUUGUUGUUCUAAAGUUGGGUUGCACAGAGGUCCAUGGACUCCUCGAGAAGAUGCAUUGCUCACCAAAUAUAUUCAAGCACAUGGAGAAGGCCAGUGGAGAUCACUACCUAAAAGAGCUGGGCUUCUUAGAUGUGGAAAAAGUUGCAGACUGAGAUGGAUGAAUUAUCUGAGACCAGAUAUAAAGAGAGGUAACAUAACUCCCGAAGAAGAUGACCUUAUAAUUAGAAUGCAUUCACUUCUGGGAAAUAGAUGGUCCCUCAUCGCUGGAAGAAUACCGGGACGAACUGAUAAUGAGAUAAAGAACUAUUGGAAUACCCAUCUCAGUAAGAAACUGAAAAAUCAAGGAACAGAUCCAAACACACACAAGAAGUUAACAGAUCCAGCUCAAGAACCAGCAGCGAAGAAAAAGAAGAAGAAUAAGCACAAGAGCAACAAGAACAAAGGAGGAGCAGAAGUAAAGGCAGAGAAGGCCAUAGUUUAUCUACCAAAGCCCAUAAGGGUAACGACUUUAUCAUCUAUAAAAUUACCUAGAACGGAUAGUAUCUUGACCUUGGAUUCCAACUCAGCUAGUGCAACAACAAGCCAAGAGAAAGAGCAAAGCCAAGAAGCCAAAGAGUUAAACGUGGUUUGGGGGGUAGGUAACGAGGGAGAAAAUGACGGGUUUGGAUUCUUUGGUGGUGAAGACCAUGUCAUAGUCAACAUCUCUGACAUUGAAUGCCAAUCUGAUUUUCUCACGGAUCAUGGAACACUCGAGAAGCUCUAUGAAGAGUAUUUGCAGCUCUUGAAGGUUGAAGAGAACCCGGACUCGUUAGAUUCUUUUGCUGAAUCUUUACUUGUGUAAAUGUUUUAUCAUAGUAAAAAUGUUU